AUGGAACCGAUAUUAGAAGAAACAGAGGACAACUCCUCCAUGACCCCGCUUUGCCAUGGCGGCAUCUGUUAUAUCAACAAGAAGCCCCCCUGUGGUGUCCUCAAGCCAACCCGACGAGGCCCAGCUAAGUCCGAACGAGCUUCCACCAGCCGGCCCUAUCAGGACAGCACCGCCCUCUCGACCAAGAUGGAAGGUGAGGCCAUCUACAUUCUCCCAACGGAUACAAAAUAUAAAGGGCAAAUGAAAGAUGGAAUGUUUCAUGGCAAAGGAACGCUGUACUUUCCUAGUGGGAGCAAAUAUGAAGCCACAUGGGAAAAAGGAAGAAUCAUAAAGGGGCAUUAUACCUUUGCUGAUGGCUUAAAGUACAAUGAAGAACAAUGGCAUUAUUGUGAUGGCUAUGAUAGAAGAUUUUACACUGAAAUCUGUGAAGGCCUGAAGCCUGCAGGAAUUUCUCAGCUCACCAACUUAGACCCUCCUCGAAGAAUUCCUGAAGGUUGUUAUGAUUGUGGCGAUGGAUUCUAUGACCCUCAAACUAGGGUGGUCAGAGACUACAGGAAUCGGUUCUUGAGAAAUGCAGAUGAUGAUGAACACGAAUGGAUCAUUCGGACCUGUCGGAAAGGCUGGGAUGAGUUCAUUGAACAUAGAGCUAAACUCUAA